AUGUUGCUGAGCGAUUGUAAGAAAUACUUCAACACCGAGGACUUGUAUGAAAUUCUACGAAUUGAAAGGACAGCAACUGUAAAGGCUUACUAUAAACAAUCCAUGAAAUGGCAUCCCGACAAGGCUGAUUCCUCUGAAGAUGCGACGAAGGACGCUACCGCCAAAUUCCAGAUAAUCACAAGAAUCUACAGUAUCCUUUCCGACAAAGAGAGAAGGACCCUCUACGACGAGUCAGGAAUUGUUGAUGACGAAAACGUACUGAGUGAUGAGGAGAGCAUAAAUGUUUGGAGACAGGUAUUCAAAAAAGUAACAAUCGAAGACAUCAAGAAGUUCGCUGCGCAGUACCAAGGAUCCGAAGAGGAAGAGAACGAUAUUGUUGUGGCUUACAACUCGUGGAAAGGAGACAUGACAAUGAUAAUGAACUCAAUUAUGUGUUCUACAUUUGAAGACGAACCGAGGAUCAAGGUUUGUUCAGCUUAUGCUCAUAUAACUCAUCUUCAGGAAGGUGAAGGUAAUCUGCAACAGCUCAUUCUCAAACGACAAGCUGAACGCGCUUCCGGUGCAGAUUCCUUUCUCGAUAAUCUGGCUGCGAAGUAUGGCGCAAAGACGAAGCGAUCGAAAAAAUAG